UGCGCUUGACGCUCCAUGCAGACUUGUAGGGACUCUCAUUGUUGGGCCGUUCAUAAUGAAGUCAAGUAAACGCAUGUUGCCUGUGAGUCUUCAAAGCACGUGCACCAUUCGCUCCUUCCGCAUUUACAACUUCACACAUACGUGCUUUCUGUUGCGAGCUCGGUCUUAGGUUUACCAUUGGAUUGGAGCAUACAACAAAUGACUUGGACAUCUACUAAGUGCAGGACAUGAAUACGGCAGCUACCAAAACCAGGAGUCGGCAAGCUUGGCCGAUGAAGUGUUGCUUUUAAGAGUAUUUGUUUGACGGUAGCUUAUGCAGCGCGGGACAUCAGGUCUCGCACAAGCGAUGAAAUCUACAAUGCUACCCACGCGAACCGAGAACGAAGAGUGUCCAGUCAUGCUGCCACCUGCGCAGCCUCCAUUUGUGGAUAGCCCGACGGCCGUCAAGAACGGGCGACAAUUGGCCUCAGUAGCCAAUAUCGUGCGCAGUCAUCCGGCGGUAGCGUGGAUUAAUCGAGAUAUGAAGAUGGACUUGGAGGAUUCUUUAUCAACAGUAAUGGCAAUCUUGUGUGGUCUAGCAGUCAAGAUCAGUCGGAAGGAAAGCCUGGCGGGAUGGUAUCAAUACGGCAGAAGCUGCGGUAAUUGAAUAAGAUAAUCGCAGUCGGCAUGGUGUUCUAUGAUUCUCUACCCUGCAGGCAGGUGCCAGGACCAGCGGUGAGAGGGAGGG